CAUGUGGGGCCACACUGACGAGACACUGCUGCUCUGAGGACGGUGCCCGGAUGAUAAUUUUUCCAACUCUGCAGGAUUAUUUUUUAUCAUCAUCAGCAACUGUCGUGAAGAUGGAUACAUACAUUUUGAUUUCCGUGUUAUCAGUGAUGUUCUCCUCGAGUCUGUGCACAGUCCUCUCGGCUCCUGUCGGGGAGACACCCAGCGACUCCAGCAGCGACUCCCGGGUGAGACAUGUGCGCAACAAGCGCUGCUCCUGCGCCACUUUCAUGGACAAGGAGUGCGUGUACUUCUGCCACCUGGACAUCAUCUGGGUCAACACACCUGAGCGCGUGGUCUCUUACGGACUGGGCAACGCUCCGAGGACGAGGCGCGCGCUGCCGGACUCCAUGGCAACCAAGAGCGCGCCUCGCUGCCGGUGCGUGCGUGAGAACGACAGCACGUGCAGCAGCUUCUGUCGCCCGGACAACCAGCAUCUCAGGUCUCAGAAGUCGCAGGACACCUUGAUCCUCUCCGAACACCAGCUGGAAGCUGACAAGAGCACGAUUAAGAGGUGGAAAAAGAGCAACAAGAAACAGGUGUCGCCCGCAGCGCUCAGGGUCGCCUUGAAAACCCGCCUGCUGCUGGAGGAGUGGAGAGUGAGACGGCGCCACAGGGCGAGGGCAUGGGAGGGCGAGAGCACGGCCUCCUAAAGAAGACGCAUCAUCUCCACACCUUGUAACUCGGAGGGGGAAAUGGGUUUCGCAACCACGGGCCCUUCUCUUCAGCCAUCUGCAAGCAGGGGCCCCUCGGGAGGGCACUGGAGAGCCGGUGAACUAUCUCCAUGUCGACCUCACAGCUGCGGGGUCAGGGGGCGUCUGCGGCACAGCAGAGAGCGUUUUACACACUCGGCUUCAUCAGACAGAUGAACGAGGUCAGAGGCAACACAGGGAGUUCAGGUGAAAGGACACGAGCUGGACAGAGUCUGUGGAAUCCAGGACGCUCGUUGGUCUUCACACGGACGCUCAGUCAAACAUCAUUUCAAAGACUUGACUUCACUGGAGGGAUUGAACACGAAUCCCUCUGUCACGGAGAAUAAACCUCCCUGCAGUGUACUGACCAGGCGGUUCUGCUUAUUUCAACAUGACAAACAUUCAGACGUGUUCGUUCUUUACACAUUUUCUCACUGACUGAAUUUAUUUACUGCGUUUUGCGUAUCAGGUCGAGGACACACGUCACCGUAGGCACAGUAGCUGCCGGCUGUUUCUCUCACUGAUGUUAUCACAAACGUCUUUGUCGUAAUUUAUGAUGUAAAAUAAUGAAACUAUGUAAGUGCCAUGUUUUAUUUAUUUAUUCUUUAUACGUGUUGUCGUUUGAUGGACACUGAUCCAUCACGUUUGGUUUAUUUCUAUGAAAUGUUUUGUUCAAGUUGCCAUAUUGUGGCUGAAUGUUAAUAAAAUA